AUGCAGGCCCAGCUCGACGCUCACUUUGGCCCCAUCGCGUCCGCCCAGCGCCGCCUCCACUCCCGUGAUUCCGAGCUGGCGGAGACCGCCGACUCCGCCAUCCUCGUCGCCGUCUCCCAGAAGGUCACCACCGUCACCAGCGCGCAGCUGGAGCUGUUCCCCUGGCUCGAGCCCCUCGGCUUCGAUCCCUCCGACUUCAAGAUUGAGCCGCGCUCGGUGGCCGAGGCCCUCUCCAAUAUCAAGUCCAACGGUGCGUGGAAGGAGUUCUGGGUUACGCCGCCUGGCUCCGAGCGCUGCCGCCUCCACCUCGGCCCCGACAAGAGCCCCAAGCAGAUCAAGCUCGAGGACAAUAUCAUGCAUGUGCAGGUCUUCCACGGCGACGAGCCCCCGAAGAUCUUCACGGGCAUCCCCCAGCUCAUCAAGAACGACAU